UAAUUCUGUCUAUCACAACUUUAAUUUAUUACGAGUACUUGGAAGCUGUCAAACAAUUUUCAACCACCAUUUCAUUCUCUGAGUGGGGGAAAGUAAUUAAUUGUUGGUCUGAACCUGAGAUGGUGGAUAAAAUUUUCAAAAGAGCCUAAGUCACUUUUUCAAGUGUCUUUUUUAAAGAAAGAAGAGGAGAGAUCUGGGGUUCUACAUCACUUAAGCACUUUUGAUUUUUACAUAUUGGGAAGGGGGUGUAAUGACCUUAGAGUCAUAGGGUUCAGCUGGUUUUGGUGGUUUGCAUAGCAGGCCACAAGACUGAUGUGUGUAUAUAUUUAUUAAAGGGACUUUUGUUUCAGGUCAUUGGAAGGGUUAAUAUCCAGCAAAUAUCAUUAGCUCUCUGGGAGACCCCACAGCAACAAUUCUAUCAGCAGGAGUCAGGAUUACUUUAAAUACAGUUUCCCAUCUCUCAUGCUGCUUGGCCAUAGUGGGCUGAGGUCCUCUUGGUUCCAUGUUUAGCCAAAAUGCAUUUCUCCUUAGAACCAAGGGCUUUCCCCUUUUUCAGACCCAUCUGUCAGCUUUUCUUCUCCUGUGCCCCACAAGACUCACUGUGUAUGACAUGGAAAUCCAGUUAUCACACUGUCAAUGGGGAUGACACUGUAGUGCUGGAAAUUCCUGGUAGCAUUGUCCUUAUCUUCCUUCUCCCAGGGAGGUGGUGCCAGAUGGCUUAAUAGGCAAGACAUGGGGCAGAAAGCUGUGGAUCCUCUUUGGAGAGAGGCUUCUCUGUGCUGGAUGCACUUGUGUUCAUGUUAAUGUAUUUCCCAGUCAUGGAGCACUUUAAAAAGCAAGUCAUGUGCCUAGUGGAAAUAACCUGUCUGUCUUUCUCCAGUGAGAAUGGAUUCGAGGAGGGAUUAAGUGUGUUAGGACUGGUGUCUGGGCUCUUCAGUGCAAUGUGGUCACUUGGGCCUGUGCUUUGGACAGCUACAUUGCGGCAGUGUAUGAGCACUCAGUUAUAUUGUCAGAGGACACCAAAAUACCUGUUUCUCCUGAAGAUGCUUUGAUGCUGAUGAACAAAAAUAUGGAUGUUUUGGAAGGGGCCAUCAAAGCAGCAGCCCUGAAGGGUGCACGUAUCAUUGUGACUCCUGAAGAUGGUAUUUAUGGUUGGGUUUUCACAAGAGAAACCAUUUACCCCUAUCUUGAGGACAUCCCAGAUCCACAGGUGAACUGGAUUCCAUGUACUGAGCCUGAAAGAUUUGCUCCUGCACCAGUGCAGGAAAGACUCAGCUGCAUGGCAAGGAGCAAUGCUAUCUAUGUGGUUGCCAAUAUUGGGGACAAGAAGCCAUGUAAUUCCAGUGAUCCCAAGUGCCCCAGCGAUGGUCACUAUCAGUAUAAUACUAACGUUGUCUUUGAUUCAGAAGGAAAAUUGGUGGCACGCUACCAUAAGUACAACCUCUUUGUGACAGAAACUCAGUUUGAUUACCCUAAGGAGCCAGAGUUUGUCACCUUCAAUACAUCCUUUGGAAAGUUUGGCAUUUUCACUUGUGCGGACAUACUUUUCCAUGAUCCCGCUGUGGUCUUGGUGAGCAAGUUACAAGUGGAUACUGUGCUGUUUCCAACAGCGUGGAUGAAUACUCUGCCACUUUUGUCUGCUUGUCAGUUCCACUCUGCAUGGGCUAUGGGAAUGGGCGUCAAUUUUCUUUCAGCGAAUACACACAACUCCAGUUUAGAUAUGACAGGGAGUGGCAUCUAUGCACCAAAUGGACCCAGGGCAUUUCAUUACAAUACAGAAACAGAGAACGGUCACCUCCUGGUUGCAGAGCUGAGUUCACAUCCUCGUCUUUCUCCCACUUACCCUAUUGUUGUCAACUGGAGCUCAUAUGCCACAAGCAUUAAACGAUUCUCACCAGAUGACCAUGAUUUCAGCGGAGUCAUUUACUUUGAUCAGUUCACCUUCACUGAACUCACUAAGCCUGAAGGAAAUCGUACAGUUUGCCAGAAGGACCUUUGCUGUCAUUUGAGCUACAGGAUGGCGGAGAAGCGAGAAGAUGAAGUAUAUGUGCUAGGUGCUUUUGAUGGCCUUCAUGUUGUUGAAGGAGAAUACUAUCUGCAGAUAUGCACACUAUUGAAGUGUAAAAGCACAGAUUUGAAAACUUGUGGGCAGCCAGUGGCUACUGCUCACACCAGCUUUGACACAUUCUCUCUCAGCGGCACGUUUGCCACUAGCUACGUCUUUCCAGAAGUCUUGCUGACUGGGGUUCAGCUGGCGCCUGGAGAAUUUGAGGUAUUAAGUGAUGGACGUCUGAUAAACCAGAAUGGCACUUCUAAACCAGUCCUGUCAGUGACACUCUUUGGGAGGUGGUAUGAAAAGGACCCAUACCCACAACAGGCUUUCCCAUGAUGUGGCUAUUGAUGCUUUUUAGCCUUCUCAGAACAGGAACAUCCUGUAAUGUUAAUCUGUGUUAACUACAGUCAUUAUCUCAGAUCUUAUUUUUCAUAUUCUGCAAUGUGAAUAUAUUCUGUCUAGUCAGUGCACGUUGUUUUAUUGCCACGAUUCCAUUAUAAAACCAUUAAUUGGACAGCAGCUCUGCAUCUUUAUUAACUGUUAGCCUCAUCUUGCUGCUGGCUUGAUCUUGCUGCCAUUCAAAUUGAUAGAACAACUUCUAUUAACUUUAAUAUGGUGGGAUCAAGCCCUUUAUCCGCAGAUACUGGCCUGAGCAACAAAACUCACUUUAGAACCUGGAUUUUUUUAAUCCCCUUAAAACUUUUACUUUGCGAGUUGGGUAGAGGUCAACUCUGGGAUUUUGUUCAGGCCCACAUCUAAAUAAAACUGCUGAUAAAUCAGAGAUUCAAACUAUUAAUUAGAUCCAUUCUUCUGAGUUGUCAAUCCAAUACCUUCCAUGAGUACUGUAAUUAUUUUGAAAAAGAGAAAAAAUUGAAAUCCUUCAAUUAGACAAUGUAGUUACAUUU